UUUGAGCCUGAAGGGAAUGCCUGCAGCUUGACGGACAGUACCGCAGAGGAGCACGUGCUGGCGCUGGUGGAGCACGCAGCUGAUGAAGCUCGGGACAGGAUCAACUGGUUCCUCCCAGGCGGCAAGGAGACGUUCUAGACCCAGUGUCUUCAGUGGAAACGGAGCACAGGCUGUCUGCAGUCUCAGGCUUCCUAGCAGCCCUGAUAAGAGAAGUAGAGCAAUGCAGGUGACAUUAAUCCUUGCAGGUUUCAUUUCACCUCUAUAUCCAACAUUUUAUCUCAACAUGUAGUCUGUAGAAAACGUUAAUUUGAGCUUUAUGGGUUUUUUUCAUAUUAAGUCUUCAAAAUGCACAUGGGAUGGGAUGUAAAGAAUGCUGAAGUGGGGGCAUUUCAGAGGUGUCUGCUUCUGUUUGCCUGUGCCUGCUGGGAAGUUGCAGUGGUCUGUGUGGCUUGUGUGUUGCAAGGUUGCGGUCUGCGUGGCUCACGUGUUGGGAGGUCGUGGUCUGCGUGGCUCACGUGUUGGGAAGUUGCAGUGGUCUUUGUGGCUUGUGUGUUGGGAGGUUGCGGUCUGCGUGGCUCACGUGUUGGGAAGUUGCAGUGGUCUGUGUGGCUUGCAUGUUGGGAGGUUGCAGUCUGCGUGGCUCACGUGUUGGGAGGUCGUGGUCUGUGUGGCUUACGUGUUGGGAAGUUGCAGUGGUCUGUGUGGCUUGUGUGUUGGGAGGUUGCAGUCUGCAUGGCUCACGUGUUGGGAGGUCGUUGGCUGCGUGGCUCACGUGUUGGGAAGUUGCAGUGGUCUGUGUGGCUUGCAUGUUGGGAGGUUGCAGUCUGUGUGGCCCGUGUGUUGGGAGGUUGUGGUCUGCGUGGCUUGUGUAUUGGGAGGUUGUGGUUCACGUGGCUUGCAUGUUGGGAAGUUGCUGUGGUCUGCGUGGCUUAUGUGUUGGGAGGUUGUGGUUUGUGUGGGUUGUGUGUUGGGAGGUUGCAGUCUGCGUGGCUUGUGUGUUGGGAUGUUGCUGUGGUCUCUGUGGCUUAUGUGUUGGGAAGUUGCUGUGAUUUGCGUGGCUCGUGUGUUGGGAGGUUGCAGUUUGCGUGGCUUGCGUGUUGGGAAGUUGCUGUGGUCUGUGUGGCUUAUUUGUUGGGAGGUUGUGGGUUUGUGUGGCUCAUGUGUUGGGAGGUUGUGGUCUGUGUGGCUCACGUGUGGGGCGGUUGCUUGGCUCGCCUGUUGGGAGUUUGUGGUUUGCAUGGCUUGUGUGUUGGAAAGUUGCUGUGGUCUGUGUGGCUUAUCUGUUGGGAGGUUGUGGUUUUUGUGGCUUGCAUGUUGGGGGGUUGUGGUCUGUGUGGCUCACGUGUUGGGAGGUUGUGGUCUGCGUGGCUCAUGUGUUGGGCAGUUGUCUGCUUGGCUCACGUGUUGGGAAGUUGUGGUCUGCGUGGCUCAUGUGUUGGGAAGUUGUUUAUGUGGCUUGUGUGCUGGAGGUUGUGGUCUGCGUGGCUUGCACUGUAGUUCUUUUGGACAGCCUUGUUCUGCAGUCUGUGCUUCAGCCCUGGAAUUGCCACAUUCUCCAAGAAGCCCUGGUUUCUUGACUAGAGAGCCUUGUUUAGAAGCCAGGACCUGGGUUCUGGGUGAAGCCCUCUGCAGAUAGAGCUGGGAGAUGCCUGUGGUGUGUGUCUGCACCACAUACAUGGACACUGUGCAGAAGGAUUCUGUUGGCACCUGUGUUUACAUGGGUUGAAAACUGUUUUUACAUGGAAACUUCCAGUUCCCUUGUGCCCCGUGGGUUCCCGCUUCUUCCCUUUCAGUUUUGUGUCUGCACCGUGAGGACUUGACUCCUAAUCUACGUAUCAACUCCGUGUCCCAUGGCAGCUGACCUUCCGCCUCUCCCCCAGGGCCCUGCUCCUAAUCUGUGUAUCAACUCCGUGUCCCAUGGCAGCUGAUCUUCCACCUCUCCCCCAGGGCCCUGGCCCUCCUGUGGGCUCUGAGACUUUGCAUGGAUCGGCGGUGGGGAGCUGCCCCCACACAAACGUCCGGCUCUUCUCAGGCCAGGUGGCUGCCCUGACAUGGCAUGAUGUCCAGCGCAUGGACAUCACCCUUGCACUGGAGCCCAGCCAACCCCUGCAUGACAGCCCUCUUCCCCCUUGAACCCCAAGUCUGCACACACCAGUGCCUCCUCUUCCUGGAUCCUCCUGAUGGCUUGUACACAGAACUGGGGUGUGGGUGGUGGGUUUUUAAAUGAAAACCGGUCCACACAUGCUUGAGAGCUGGAGCCGCCUGCUGUCAAGGCAGUGCCAUGCUGACCUGCUGACCAUUCCAUUUUGUCAAGGCUCAUGAGCAAUUUUAAAUGUUUACUUGUGGGCAAAGGUUUUUGUUUCAGCUGUACCCCCUAUAGCAGGGCCACGGGGAGCCGAAGAGGUUCUCCUUGGCACCUGUGCGUGCUUUGCUGUUGCCGGUGAGUCUGAAAUUCCAGGAAAUGCCGUGAGGGGCCCUCUGGCGUUUGUUCUUGGACAAAUGUGCUUUCAUCCCCAUUAAGCCCUGCUUGUUGACCUUCAUUUCAUUUGUGCUGCGCUGCCCCUCCUGAGGGACAGACGCUCAGGCAGUGCUUCCUUCUAGAUGGGCUAUCUGAAGAGGAAUGGGGACGGGAGCCUGCUCUACAGCGUGGUCAACACGGCCGAGCCGGACGCUGAUGGCGGGUGCCCGCUCAGGGCUGGCUUUAUGCUCUCUGUACACUGUUUUUUGGGCCUCCGUUGAUAAUCUGUAAUGAAAAGCUGAGCCAUGGCCAUGGGGCAGCAUGAGAAGCUGCCCGGCUUCCCGACCUUGCUCGCACCCCAACGUGACACGUGAGCCGAGUGGAGGCGUGGACGGCCAUCUCGCGGGGCGGGGCUGCUGGUCAGACCUCGGUCAGGGCUCCUUGGGAGCAGCGGGACUCGAGCCACGUUCCUGAAAAGCUGCCGAGAGGCCUUUAAGGCCAAACCUCACUAGCAUCAGGAAGGGUUCACAUCCUGAGCUCAGUCUUCAGCAAAGACCGGAGUGCUGGCCCACCCUGCUCCUUGAAUCUGAAAAGCAGUCUUAGAAGAGCUGUUAGAUGAUGACGUCAGGACAGUGUUGAAGGAUGGCGCGCACUAGGCCUGUCCAGCCCGUCAGGGGUGCUUUGUUGGCCUGGAAGUAAUUAAGAGGCUUGUCCUUUGAACGAAAGUGUGAUCACUUGGGUUUGAAACGCACUCGCGGGCUCACAUGAGGAACGCGCAGCCCGGCACGGGUUGCCUCUCGAUUCCCGCUUCCCUCGCUCUCACCCGCAUGCCUGCUGGUGGUCUUUCACCCAGCUCCACCAUGCCAGCGUGGUUUUCUCCAGUGUGUGAAGGAUAGAAACGGGCUGAUCUAUAUAAUCUUCAGCUUAUUUUCCUAAAGAGGAUAGACCGUUGAUCCAUAUUUAGCUUAUGAGAGUGUUGAGACCGAGGCACCGGUUGGGAACUGAGGAACUCCUGCUCUGAUCCCAUGAGUGGUGUGUGGGUGGUGACUUGAGCAUGGCAGACAUGCUGUCAGAUGCACGCGCUCCGGGUUGCACAUGCCACCGUUUCGCUGUUAGAGCACGCAGGACAAGAUUUCUUCUUGGAGUUGUUGAGUGAUCCAUUUGAAAAUGUUCUCAAAGUAUUGCUGGUGUGGUGGCCAAAGAUGUGGUAUUUUUUAUUGUGUUGACUUUGGGGUGAUAAAGAAAUGAAAUUGAAAUGCAGUUAGUUUUGAGAAUGGUAGUUGGCUUUCGCAAAUUUGUUUUCAGGUGAUCAUUAUAAAAUCCCCCCACCCGCACCAAUCACAUCCACUGUGAUGUGGAGAAAGGGCUCAUGGCACUGCACUGGGGCACCGCGUUGGGGUCACACCUGCCACUCACGGCCCGCCAUGUCCGUGUUGCAGAGGAGGAGACCCACCCGGUGGACUUGAGCUCGCUCUCCAGUAAGCUACUCCCAGGCUUCACCACGCUGGGCUUCAAAGACGAGAGAAGAAACAAAGUCACCUUUCUCUCCAGUGCCACUACUGCGCUUUUGAUGCAGAAUAAUUCAGUAUUUGGCGACUUGAAGUCGGACGAGAUGGAGCUGCUCUACUCAGCCUACGGAGAUGAGACAGGCGUGCAGUGUGCGCUGAGCCUGCAGGAGUUUGUGAAGGAUGCUGGGAGCUACAGCAAGAAAGUGGUGGACGACCUCCUGGACCAGAUCACAGGCAGAGACCACUCUAGGACGCUCUUCCAGCUGAAGCAGGAGAUGUGGAAGAGGUCUCAGGAGUUUUCAAGGCCACAUCCAUCAGUGCACAUUGUGCUUAUGGAAUCUGUGAUGUCACUGCCUCCCCCGAUGAAAAUCAGCCCUGAAUCUGUUUGCCUUUAGGAUUUAACA